AUGGAAGCUUUUGUCCCCUCUGAUGUGUUUGAUGGUGAAAUUCCCGGCCAUCUACGAAAUCUCUCAUGUUUACGGCAUUUAGAACUUGGAGGUGUAUCCUUAACACCAAAUCAAUUGACGACGAAGGAUCUCAAGUGGAUUGUUGGACUCUUGUCUCUAGAAGGCCUAGUUCUGUCCGGAGUGAAUCUCAGUGCCACUGAAGAUGGGUUAAAAGCAAUUAAUAUGCUCCCUUCACUAACAAGGCUCAAAUUAUCUGGUUGUGGACUUUUCAUCGAUCCUCAUCUUUCACAGGUCAAUUUCACAUCUCUUUCUUCCAUUAAACUCGGUGAAAAAAGUUUCAACAACUACAUGGUCCCUCCUUGGCUCCAUAAUCUUACUGGUCUCCAUGAUCUUGAUCUUAGCUCUAAUAAUCUUUCUGGUCCAAUUCAUGGCUUUUUUGAACAAAUGACCUCUCUAGUUGAUCUUGAUCUAGCGGUUUUGAUGCAUCAACGUUGA